AUGUCAAACGAGAAUGCCCGUCGCAGUUCACUAAGAGAGACUCCCGCCCGAACGUUAGCAGCCUCAAAGAACCAGAUCUGGCCGCCGGAGCUGGAAGAAGUGUUCAUUGCGGCACUCAAGGCUAUUCCAAAUAUAGGUCUAAGAAAACCAUACGUCGAUGGCCGUCCAUAUGGCAGGAAUCAGUUGCUGGCAGAUUACAUUUAUUCGAAAAUGGGCGUAACGAGAACACACAAACAAAUCUCCUCACAUAUUCAGGUGUUGAAGAAGUCUCGAGCUUGGGAUGCAGAACUAAUGCGAUUGUUGGGAGAUGCUAAUGAUGCUGCAACAAUGGAUGCAGACGAAUAUGCUGCCAUUGUUAAGAGAGUGGUUGAGAUGCGAAAGUCAGUAACAACAAAAGGUUCGGAGAUCAACAUUCUUCGUGAUUUUACGAAUGAAAUCGUAAACCAAUCAACGAACCUUCGCUCAAGAAGUAUCACAAGGACAACUAAUUUAGUUAUGCGCUCUAAAAAAAGUAAAAGAAGGCAGCACCGUGAUUCAGGUUAUGGUGAAGAGUUACAGACAAUUGAUACAAACAAGAACACUAACAAUGUUGAGAAUAAUGACGAGGUUGAUGAGUUUAAUAGUUAUGAAGGUCCAUAUCUCUCAAUGUCAGAGGAUGAAGAUGGAAACAGAAUGGAAGUUGAAACUUCAUCACAAGCUUCUCAAGAUGAACAUUGUUCAGUCACAGCAAGUAGCAUUGAGACAGCUUCUGCGGAUAUGGAUACAGGGAUGACAUUAGAUGAUCAUCAAGCUGCAGAGCAUUUGUUGCACCUUCCAUCAUACUAUCCAACACAACUGUCUCAUCAUAAGUCUUUAUAUCCAAUGACAUUUUCAACCACCUUAGAACAACAGUACACUACUGAUGAGACAUUUGUGGCAGACAUUCUUCUUGAUUUACCAUCUUUAAUUUUCUCUAAAUCCCCACAACCAAUAGUUAGACCACAACCUUUACUUACUAAUCCACCUAUGCCAACACCAAAUACAGGUAAUAUAUUACCAUCUAUUAAGGUUUUAUUUGCACAAAUUGAAGAGAUGGAGCGGCAGUCUGAACAUUGUAAAGCUAUUUAG